CCCACAAUCCCCCGUGCACAUCAUGUUCACCCGAUGCCCCGUGAAACUGGACGCCCAAGCGAUGUCCAAAGGACUACACUACGUUGUAAAUCAAGCCAAAGAGCAUCGCCGGCGAGGCCCCAACAAGUCCAACCAGCUUCAACUCAACAAAUCCAUGACCGAACGAGGUCUGUCGAUACUAGCGUCCCCCAUUAGCAUCCAGUCGGCCAACAACCAAUUCAUCAACGCCGUGACUUCCACGUGGCCUAACGUGGACCUCGACAUGCAACAACGCCUGCAAGAUGCGUCUAAGCCCCCCCCUAUGAGCAACUCGUUCGCCCCUUUGGCCCUCCACGACCUCGUGCGAGUCAUCGAAGAAGAGAUCCAACUCCACGACGGUCCCAUCACACUAGAGAAGAAGGACGCAAUCCACCAAGCCUUGGCUGCCUUCGACGGCAACAUGAACGACCUCCAGCCCUUUAUCAACUUUGAUCGGACGCGAAACUACACGCGCAACCUCGUGGCCACCGACAACAUGUCCUAUUCGCUCAUCGUGCUGUGCUGGAACAAGGGCAAGUACAGCCCCAUUCACGACCACCCGUCCGAUGGCUGCUGGAUUCGACACAUCCAGGGAAUCGUCAACGAAGUUCGCUACGAAAGCGACGGCGAGGCGCUCGUGGAGUCGGCGAACGCGCUCAUUUCUCACGGCGUGUCGUACAUGGACGACUCGCUGGGUCUGCACAAAGUGGGCAACCCCAGCGAAGACGUCGACGCGAUCACAUUGCACUUGUACGCGCCACCGUUUGACCAGUGCCGACUGUGGCACGACCCCCAGGAUGCGACCAACGCUACCACAGCCAUCGCCACCUACGACACCAUGUUUGGAAAUCGACCAGUGUAGUUUGCGUGGAGAGGUCAAGCUCAGUAAUUUAAUAUUUGUUGCGACCCA